AUGUUUAGGAGUGUCAAUAUCAUUCUAGAUGCGAGACUUCAAUAUGACAAGUCGCAGGCAGACAUCUCUGUCUCAAAUGCCUCCAAGGCUUCACUGGACCACCUCACCUGCUUCCAAGACGACAGGGGCUGUAACGGUGACAGUUCUUUUGCAGCGAUCAACUUCUUCCUCUUCUGGUGUUCCGUUGCGGCGGAAACACCUGAGGGCCGCGAGGCAGCUGUGAAGCUGAUUGUGCCUCGGGCUGACGGCUAUCUUUCCAAAUCCGAUUUUCUAGAGCAACGUCUGAUUGAAUGGGAAGGGGUCGAGAAAGUCCAGAGCUUCUGCCAGCCACGACAAUACCUGAGGUCUCAAAGUGCUGAACAAGUGCAGUGGGACGGUCUUUAUCAGAUGUUAGAGCUGCAAGAAGCCGGUCGACCGAGUCUUCAACUCCUAACCGGCGUCAACGCAGUCAGCGUGGAGCCAUACUGUGACGGACCUGAAAUCGAUGCCAAUUUCGUUCUGCAGGAUGGUGAGGUCCUCUUCGUCGAAGGCGCAGACGACUUCCCCAAAGCGGGCGACCGGGAAGAGGCUGGAACGUCCACCGUCUUCAAAGCGAGCGCAGUGCUCUACCCUUCCGGCCUUCCAGCGGCUGAACUGGAGAUGGUCCAAAGGUCUUUGCAUCAAACGCUACUCAAGUUUGGUUUCCGAUCCGGGGUGUCCCAUGUGGAAGCUCGCGUACGCGAUUCCAGCAUGCAGUACGGGGUAUCCGACGGCGUCCUGGAUCUUCAGACCGCAGCAAGUGAAUCCCUUACCGAAGCGCCGAACAGCUUCCUCAUCGAAGUCAAUCCGCGUCUUCCAGGCCUUAUGGUUACCAGAGCAGUUCAUAGUACCUACGGUAUCAGCUAUGCCGCUCUCCACUUGUUGAUUGCAGUGGGGGACGCGGAGAGGACCGCAGCGCUUUCACAGCCUUUCUGUGCUGGACCACAGUACUGGCGCAACGUUGUGUUCAUCACACUCGACAAGGGCGGAGUACUUGCUGCGGACGAUGUUGGCUGA